CCGAAAAUUAGCGGAAGCAGCAACGUCCAUUACAGUGCUGGAGUAAUAAAGAAUUUUGGCAUUAUUUGUUCAUUUUCUCUCUUUUUUUUUUUAAAGUUUAAUAAUGUCCGAUGAGGAAGACGAUUAUAUGUCCGAUGCUUUCCUCAGUCAAAUACAAGAUGUCAAACCAGGUGUCGCCAUGGUGAAGCGAGUAAAAGAGGCAAUGAAACGGGAAGAAAAGCACAAAGAGAGCAACAUUAAAAACCGUCAAAAAACCUUCAAGGAGCAAGAAAAGGAAAGCCGUGAAACAGCUUUACAGAGUUCCAUCAGUAAUGACAAUAAGGGAUUUGCACUUUUGCAAAAAAUGGGUUACAAAGCUGGGCAAGGUCUUGGAAAAGAAGGGGCUGGCAGAGUUGAUCCAAUUCCACUGAAUAUUAAAACUGAUAGAGGUGGCAUCGGGAUGGAAGAAGCAAAAAAGAGAAAAGCUGAGAAGGAACUGGAGCAAUAUCGAAAGAAAGUACAGGCCAAACAACAAAAUGAAACUAAAUCUUUGGAAGAUUUUAGGUCAAGAGUAAGGACAGAGCGAGAAGAGCGAAAAAUUGAAGGCGACCUUCGACGAAGUCAACGAGCCUGUGAGCAGUUAGAUUCUCAGAAGGGCAUCACAGUCCCCAGAGAACAAUGGUACUGGCCAAAAAUAGGAGUUGACGAGGAGAUCGAUGAAUUUAAAGAAGAAAAAGAGGAGGAAGAUGAGAUUUUGGAAUUACCAUCCUUUGAUCAACUGCAAAUACUGACAUCCUAUUUAAGAGGGAUCCAUUUUUACUGCACAUGGUGUGGAACGGCCUAUGAUGAUGAGGGAGACCUAUCCUCGAACUGUCCCGGGGAUACAGCAGCAGAGCAUGAAUGAAUUUACCGUAAUCAAUAUAGACACUCUAUAUAGUUCAGAGCUGGAGUCAUCGACAUUGUGAAAGGAACAAUAACAACAGGCAGUCAAAGUAAUGAUGUGUGGAGGGAAACUGGUCCUAUUAGACUGUAUUUUUUUUUCGACAUUUCUUUGUACCAAGGUUUUAUUUAAAUGGAGUAAACGAUAAUCAGUACCAUAAUUUCUUGUACAUGCCUCAGUAUUUCCAUUAAAUUACAUUGUAUCCACAAUGUAAUGUACGUAUGUUGAUAAAUGUUUUAAAUUAAUAAAAAGUAUUUCUCU